AUGCAGCUAGGAGCGUUCUUAUACGUCGGCUUGCUGGGCCUUUCGGGCCUGGGAAGCGGUCCCAAGCAUGGUCUGGUGCAGGGGCUAAACCUGCCAGCCCAUGAAGUCCACCCGGACGCAGUAGCUAGGAACAGCUUAUCAAGCCGGGGGCGGGGGCCCGUGAAGUGGCUCAGGUCCGACAUAUCGAUCGUGGAACGGCUCGAGUACAAGAACGGGGACGCCGAGGUGUUCACGGCUACCUGGCACGACCCUCGUUACUUUGCGGUGGUCAAGAUUCCAGCAGAAAAGAGCGAGCUGGAGAAUGAACUGGCGGUCAUGAACGACCAUGGCGAGGUCAUCGGCUUCGCUCGGGAGGUCAUCCCCGGAGUUCAGAAGCCGAGCUUCAGGAACAAGCAACAGUGCCUGUAUCGACUGCUUGCUCUCCACGAACUGGGCAUUGCGCAUGGAGAUAUCGCAGGGAACCCGUUCUUGCCGACGACCGCUGACUGUAAGAUGAUCGGCUUUGGCAAAUCGUACGAUACCAGUGAUGAGGAGGUGUUCAAGAAAGAGAUAAAGUUGUUUGACGAGCUGUGGUCUUCCAGCUGA